AUGGGAUCACAAAUUUCAAAAACAACCAACGAAGAUUUUACAAAACCCAAAACCAAUCGAUCUUCCUCUUCGAAUACAAAAAAACCCGAAGACAUUGUUUUGGACAAGGUUCUUGCCAAUCCAAUUAUUAAACAAAAACUUGGAAAUAAUAUUCAACAAAUGCGAAUGUUCGCUCAACAAUUGAGUGAUCCCGAAGAAUUGAAAGAAUCCUAUUUACAUACGGAUUGGGUUCAAACCACCAAAUUGAUUUCUGACAUUUCGAACAAAGUCAAUGAAGAUGCAUCUUCGACAUUAAAUUCAAAUUCUUCGGAUUUGAUUCGAAGAGGUUCGCAAUUGUUACAAUCGACUCAAUCCGCUAACGAUAUGAAAAUUAUUGGUAAUUUUAAUUCGACCAUGAGCAAUAGUCAAGGAGAAGGAGAUUUGAUAAAUAUGGAAAUUUCAAAACAACCACCCAUACAAUUGAAAGACAAGAUUCGAAUUAAAUUGUUAGUGACAGAGACGGCGAGAAAUAGUACGGAUCGAACCAUUCGACAAUUAUUGUCACCUGUGUUGAAUUCGUUUAAUGUAUUGCCAGAGAUGGGAAUGUUUCAUACAGCUCUCAUUGUUGGACCAUGGAAAUUGGAGUUCAACGACUCUGGAAUUGUCGUACCUCGUAAAAUCAUGUCACAAGCUGCCGUAUUAACCGCAGAUAUUGAUUACAUUUCAACAGUGGAUAGACUUGAAGAAGUAAUUGAUACUCUUGCCAAAGUCAUUUGCAAAUGGAAUGUCAACAUGAUCUACAAACAAACAGGAGGAGAUCCAACCAAGCAUGGUAACUGUCAAGAUUUUGUAGAUGAUUGCUUGGCAGCUUUAGGAGUGAAAUUGAAUUUUGAAGGAGCUCUCAAAAACUUUAUCACUCGUUUAAAGAAAACAGGAAAUAGCAAACUUCAAUUUGAAAUGACUCGAGAAUUUAUUGAAAAAUUCAAAUUAGUGGACUUGUAUCCAUCGUUGCGACGAGCUCUUGACAACUCCUCUCAAGAAACCAAAUCCGAUCAAACACAAGGAGGAGAAGGAUCAGGAGCAGAAGAUGAACUUCCUGCAGGUGCUCUCGUUUUUCAAACUCACAAAGAUUUGGAUCGUUUUGUUUGGUAUUUAAUGCAACAAGAUUAUGAAUUUCAAAAUCAUUAUCCAUGUGAAUAUCAAUUAUUGAAAUCUUUUGACAGAGCUUUUUGGGUCAAAGCUCUCACCUAUCCAAAUAUGGAACAAUUUCAUCCACUCUAUGAAGAUGAAGACAUGAACGUGGGAGCUGCAAAAUCAUCUUCAACAUCCAAACAAGCAAGUCAUAAUGAGGAAAGAAAACAACGAUGUCCUUUUGGAGAUCCCUGUGCCUCUUCCUUCAUUUACUUGUAA